CACCAUCGAGUUCACACUGGGGAGAAGCCGUUCACCUGCUCAGUCUGUCGGAAGAGAUACACUGAUUCAUCCAGUCUACAGAGACAUCAGCGAGUUCACACUGGGGAGAAGCCAUUCACUUGUUCAGAAUGUGGGAAGCGAUUCACUCAAUCUUUCACCCUACGGAUACAUCAGCGUGUUCACAACGGGGAGAAGCCAUUCACUUGCUCAGUCUGUGGGAAGGGAUUCACUCAGUCAUCCCACUUACAGAGUCACUUGCGAGUUCACACUGGGGAGAAGCCAUUCACUUGCUCAGUCUGUGGGAAGAGAUUCACUCAGUCAUCCCACUCACAGAGUCACUUGCGAGUUCACACUGGGGAGAAGCCAUUCACUUGCUCAGUCUGUGGGAAGAGAUUCACUCAGUCAUCCCACUCACAGAGUCACUUGCGAGUUCACACUGGGGAGAAGCCAUUCACUUGCUCAGUCUGUGGGAAGAGAUUCACUCAGUCAUCCCACUCACAGAGUCACUUGCGAGUUCACACUGGGGAGAAGCCGUUCACCUGCUCAGAACGUGUUAAGCGGUUCACUCAGUCAUCACACCUACAGAGACAACAGCGAGUUCACACUGGGGAGAAGCCGUUCACCUGCUCAGAAUGUGGGAAGGGAUUCACUCAGUCAUCCCACCUCUUGGCACACCAGUCAGUUCACAGUAGGGAGAGGCCAUUGUUAUGAUUCCUUCGGUUUUGUUUGCUGUAGACUGUCAUUUUAAGAGAGAGAGAGAGAUUAAGAAGGAGAAUCAGUCUGACUUGCAGCUUGUUUACAUCGCGUGCAGCUUGUUUAGUUUUAACCGAGGACACAGACACUCAGAGUCAGACAGAGACGAAGGAGAAAAAAUGGAAGGAUCAAAACUAGGGCUACUGACCAAGGGUCACUGAUUGCAACUUUCCUAUGCCCACAAGGAUGGGUUAAUUAUCGAUUCAUCGUACAUCGAAUGUUACCUCUUUUGAUCCGUAGGAGUAGAUCUGAUUUGGGGUAUCAUGUGAAGACCACUGAUGUGUUAACCCUUGCUUGGGUGUGGUGUGGUUAUUCACUUGAAGACGAUACCCCUUGUGACAAGACACUUUCGGUGAUAAUUCGUAUGUGGUUUUGGAACGACGACGGAUAAAACCUACAGCAAAUGUUGUCUUGUUUUACCAGCAUGGAACCUGUGGAAUUCGACAUAAUUGCCUUCCCUUGACAUUUAUCCUGGAUUUCAAAUAUCUCUCUCAUCACCUAUUCCGUGGAUGAACUGAACUUUCAUACUUUACCAUCGCAAGACUCCAAUGCUUGUUUCCCCCGAGCUCAAUAGAUUGGGAGUUUUAUUUACACACAUAUAUACACAUAACACU